CAGGAUGGAGGUUUAUGAGGCAGAGUUGGUUUCAGAUGAAAAAGAUGAAGAGGAAAAAGUAGAGAGUCUUUCCGAAAAUAGUGGGACUUUGGAGGGAGAUCAAGUUAUAGCCAAAAGGAGUGAAACUGAUUUUCUUCCAGCUUCUCACAACAAAAAGAAUCUUUCUUUUAGUACAUUCGAAGCAGACAAGAUACAAUCUGAUAACGACAGGAUACUACAAAAUUUAGUCGAAAUUCAAGUGCGGAAACCAAAAUACAAACCAGAAAAACCUGCUCCUGUUAGACCUCAUCAUGCAGCAAUCAACAGGAAACGGCAAGAAGAUAAGAUAAAACAGGAAAAUUAUAGGCUGCUCAACAGACUGCUAACUGCAAAAAGCACAAUGAACACAAGACCACCAUCGACAUCCAAGCCUAAAGCGAAAUCCACUGUUAGAAAAGCUCCAGCAAGUGUUGUCAGCUUGCCACAAGAGGAAAAAGUUGUAGACCCAAGCAAAUGGGAAAGGGGAUAAAAAGGAUAAUUUGAUAAAAGUGAAAUUACAAUCAGCCUCGCAGGCGACCCUGAUAAAUGGAAAUCAAAUAUCUACAUCACAUGUAAAUCAAAGAAUAAUUUAUUUAUAUUAUAUAUUAUAUGUAAACUUUUUAGGAAUGCUUUCAGAUUUUUGCAUGAUACAGAUAAUUGAUUAUCAGAGCACAAUUUGACGGGUACAAUCUUUCAGAUGACUGUUUGUUCAAACUGAUCUUUCUUUUUUUUUGACAAAAAUAGGCCAACUGUGACCAGUUCUGAAUUUUAUAAUUAUCAGAUAUUCACGGUCUGUAUUCAGAUUUUGAUAAUUAAGUACACUAAUUAUAUAAUGUAAGUUAUGUAAAUGAAGAUGUAUAAAAUAAUAUACUAAAUAUGAUAAUAUUAUAUUAUAUUUUACAAAAGUUAUAAUAUUGCUGGACUUGAUAUAUACUACUGCACAUUCUAAUAAUCUUACGAUCACAUAUUUAUUAUAUCUAAAUCUUAAUAUUUUGCUACAUGUAGUUCUAGAUACUGGUGUGGAGGUUUUUUCAGUAACAUGACUGCAGGUAAUCAAUCCGCUUAUAGCUUUGGCCAAUCAAAACUCAAACCUGUCACGUGUGUGUCAAAAUAAAUAAUCCCUCCACCAAUUAUCUAGGCCCUAUAUAGCAAGAUCUAUUGGCUGUUAAUAUGUUAUGUGUAUUAUAAUCGUAAAGGGAGGGUUGGAGGUCAGGUUACAAAGUUCAGACUGCAUGUUUUAUGUGACAUUCUAUGAUUGAUACAUCCCAAACACAAAAAUUGUCGCAAAAGUUCGAGGUCCUCUUUGAACAUUCUUUUUCCAGCUAGUGCCCAACUUCUGUAUAAAUGAUCAUUUUAAAACCUAUAUAUACAGAAUACGGAUAUACAAAUUUGUGAAGAAAUUGCGACAUGUUAUGUCUACUAGCCUAGUUAUAAUAACCGUGUUUUUGUGGAAGAGGAGCUUGAAAUUUAUCAGUAAGUUUUUCGUGUGCAGGUUGUAGACAGAUUGACAACAUAUCAUGCUAUCGGAGACGGUAGUGAUUACCAUAAUUUGUUUUUGAUUGGCAUGUGUAUUCCUUACAUACUAAUGAUUCACUGUAUUGUAUAUAUUUUUGGAUAAAAACUUGUCUUAC